AUGAGGAACUGAACGCCCCAGGCAACGCACAUCCUUCCGUCACUGCAUGUGUGAGAGCUCACAAGAAUCAGUCUGUAUGAGAAUCAGUCGGUGUUAUGAAUCUAACACUCAGUAGCGUGUUAUGAAGUGCAAUGUUCUGGCUGACUUCAAUCCUGGUCCUGCUGCACCUCACCCGGGGAAACAGUCCAUGCUUUGGCCGUUCUCUGCAGAUCAGCCCAUCCAGGACUCAGUUCUUCAAGCGGGAGAGUUUGACGUUAUGCUGCGGAGCUGAUGAGCGUAUAAUGACUAACUCUAAAUCAGCUUGCUCUCAUAAGAGCCAUGAAUGUAAUAUUACACUGGCAGGAGUACAUCACAGCGGUUCUUACUGGUGUGACUCUAACUCUGGAGAACUAGGGGAAGCGGUCAACAUCACAGUGACUGAAGGGUCUGUGAUCCUAGGGAGUCCUGUCCACCCUGUACCAGAAGGAAGUCCUGUUACACUUCGCUGCCUGACGUCCCACAAGUCCAGUAAACAGUUGGUUGUUGUGACCCCAAUAAACCAGUCCUGUAACUUCUCCAAAGAUGGGCGGCUCAUUGGGGUCGGUUUGACGGGAGAGAUGAGUUUUGCUGCUGUCAACAGAUCUUAUGAAGGCCUCUACACGUGUACCUUCUCUGGUGCUGAGUCUCCAGGGAGCUGGCUGGCUGUCAGAGCAACCUCCUCCCCCACAUCCCUCCCCCCCCCCACAUCCCUCCCCCCCUCCCAUCCCCAUCAUCUCCUCCCAUUGGCCUAUGCUGGACCACCCCUCCUCCUGAUGGUUCUUCUGGGAGUAGUGGGAGGAUGCUGCUGGAGAAGGAGACGCAAAGAAGCUGAAGAAGCUGCCUCAGAGGAUGUGAUUUAUGCGGAUGUGGUGCAAAAUAAAAUGAAGAACAAAGCGCUACAUAGGUCGGACCACGAGACUACAUGCAGUUCAGGACAAAGUCCGCGACUUCCGCCCAUCAGAUUACCAGAUCCAGCUAUCUACAGUCUCCUGGGGUAAAAACCUGUCAAAUGAGGUUCAAACAGAGGCAAAGUAUAGAUUCCAAAAGGAUGGAAUGCUAAGUUCUACGUGAUGUCGCCGUUAUUAGGAAAAAGGUUUUUUUUGUGUUUGUUUAAUGAGAAGAAAUGUUCUGAUGAAUGGUUUGGUUAUUUGUAGCUUAACCACAAUAUGUCUUGCUAGUUCCAACAGAUCGUUGGAGUCUGUUGCAGACACAAAAUGUGCACAAUUGUGUCUUCCUGAUAAGAAUCAUCACAUCACUUGUGUAUCGUGUUUGAUUCUUACCAUAUACAGCAUUUAGGUUGGAUCUUUAGAAUAAAACAUGGGGUUGAAGAUCCACUUGAGUUCACUGUGGUACCUGUGGUGCGGUUUGUCAUUUGCCUGGGGUAACUACUGCUGGACACAUGAGAUAAACAUAAUGUUGUCAUAAGAAAUAGAGAUAAGGGAUGUAGGUAGUUUAGUUUGAUGUGUUUUAGUUAGUCUUAUCAGGUGUCUGACUACUUGGCGGAUGGUUGAACUGUAAAAUAAAGAAGACAUUUUGGCAGA